GUAAGUAUACCAAUAACAUAUUAAAUACUGAAAAAGCUUUUAUGCUGUAAUUUGUUUAGAUUGCAAAAUGAAAUUUGAUAUUGCAAGUAAAAAUCAAUAAGUUCAAAACCUUUCAACUAUUUGUCCCAACUUAGAAUUACCUUUGAAGCUUGAGUUCACAAAUUAAAAUUUGAAAAAGUUUUAAUAAUUUAUGAUUGAAAGCACAUUUAAUUUCCGGCAUAAAGUAUUGUUCCACAUUUGAAAAGUUGAGCUGAUAUCUUUCAUUUGCCAUCCAUGUUUUCACAGCAUAAAGAUAAAGCUGUAAUUGUGACUAUUGAAACAGGUUGUGAAAGGAGGACGACAUAAAUCCAUCUUCAGUAGUUUCACCUGUCACCUUGCAGACUUUUUUUUUACUUUAAUGUAUACAUAAGUAAUUCUCUAGCUCAGUCUUUUCAUGGGUCUCUUUCAUCCCCGGUAGUGGCUCUGCUUUGCUGAUCCAUGUUCAUUUAAACCCAGCCAGUGUAACAGCCCCGAUAUUUACCCAGGUAGCAUUGUGAAGAAUUGGCCCUUUGAGGAAACAAAAUGUUUGUGCGACUUUCCUAGCUUUGUUGGCAGAGAAGAAGAAAAACAGCGUAAAGAAAACACGAUGUGUUUGCAGUGGGAAGGCAAAGCCCAGGGUGCACAAUGAAGUCUUUUGGUGAAGAAAAAACAUCAAGCAGUUGAGCACAGUACCCAGGGAGUUUGAACAGUGUAUACCUACAGGAUGUGCUUCAUUGAAUUGAGUCGGUAGGGGUCUGGAGUGGUGACAGCCCAUCCAGGCAUCUUAAUCCCUGAGAGAUAAGAGUACAGGUUGGGAAGGUCCUUGGUGUUUGGCGAUCAGAGGCUGUAUGUACACUUGAGAUAUAUACCCCAAGAAACUUGAGCUUAGGACUAGAAAUGGUGAAGAUGAUCUACUUUGAUCUACGUGACAUUGAAGAUCAUGAAUUGUGUGAAUUGAGUCAGCUCUGGCUGUGACCUGAGAAUAGACAGUGGGACAGCAAGCAGAGGGGACUGUGACCUGAGAAUAGACAGUGGGACAGCAAGCAGAGGAGACUGUGACCCGAGAAUAGACAGUGGGACAGAAAGCAGCAGCAACAGGUGACGUGUGGACACCUCUUUACAGCCAGAAAGCAAGUGUGCUCCCUGUCCCCAGGCCUGCAAUGAAGAAGACACAACAAGGCUCCACCAAAAUCCCUGUUCAGGGCAAAUCACCGUCAUCGAGCAAGUUGCCUUUUGAAAAAUCCAAAUCUGACCUUGCAGCCACAGCUGUCUUCAAGAAACCAGACAAGCCGCCUAUGAGCAAGAACUAUCUUAGUAAGAGUCAUGACAAUCUUGCAUUUACUUUACGACGACGUGCUAAUACAGCACCAAAACCACGACCCCAAUCUACGCUAGGGAUACCAAAGCCAGAGGACUAUAGCAAAAGAUUCUAUAUGAACAAGGAUACAAAUAAAAGUCCUGCUCCUACGACACGUAUACAAAAAUCACGUCCUACAAGUGGUAGUACAACAUCUUUGCGUAAAGCAGUUAGUACACAAAGUAUAGAACGCACUGGUUUGUCGACACCAACUAAAAACAUGGAGGCCAAAAAUGGAGGACUGAUGAAGAAAAGUUCUAGCAUUCAGAAUAUUGACAAGACUCCUGUUGUUAUUAAACGGGCAGCAAGCUCCCAGACUUUAAGCAAAGAAAGAAUGGGGAGAAAUAACCGUGUCUCUGCCCCAGCAAAUGUGCUGGCUUAUAAUGCAGAACUCUUAGCAAACUUUGAGAAAGAGAAACGCAUAUUGGAAAGUAGAAUUUCAGAGCUUAUCCAGAUUACAGAAACUAGAAAAGCAGAAAUUGAAAAAUACAAAAUAGAAACAAGAAGACUGAAGGAAAAGCUUCCCUCACAAGAGGUUAAAGAGGAACUUGAUUUAUUACGCAAUGAGAACAGACUUCUCAAAGACAGAUUGCAAGAGCUUGGAAUAUCUGUGGAACAGAUCACGGACACCGAGAAACUGUCCAUGCUGAAGAAAUCCCAUCACGUCCAGAAACACCUGACUGUGGGCUCAACUCCUGCUACCAGUGCCACAAAUAGAACUGAGUCUAGCUCAGCUGGGCAUGAGGAGGGCCCUGCAGGUAGCAGUGCCUCAGAAGACAAGCCUCAGUUAGGCAACAGUGCCGUGUGCUGCACAGGCAGCAUAGAUAACAUUGCUGGUUCCUGUGCAGGUGAAUCAGACACGGGGCUGUCUGUGGGUGAGCUUUCCUGUGUUACUCCAGACCACGGCUCCUGCUUCUCCAUAGCUGAGAAUGCUAACUGGGAGACCAAGAGUAAUAAGAGCAGCGAUGUCUUGAGUGAGCUCUCCGUGGCUUGUCUUCAAGACAGGAUUCUCCAGAUGGAGGAGUCCCAUUACAGCACCAAUGAGGAACUGCAGGCCACGCUGCAGGAGUUUGGAGACAUGCAGGAGGCUGUCAACGAACUGUCCAUGGAGAAUGAACGGCUGGCAGACGAGAAAGCGGUGCUGCUGGAGUCUCUGUGCACCCAAACUGAAAAGUUAGAGAACUGUCGCAUUCAGAUUGAACAUUUGAAAGCACUGCUGUUGACUGAUAUCGAUAAUGGUGAUCGUUCUGAGCGUGAGGUACAGUUGGUCUCGCUCCUCAAGGGUGCGCAGGAGGAGCGCGAGGAAAUGAUGCUCAAACAGACGGAGCUAAUUAACAGUUUCCACGCAGUGGAAGGAGAGAACAGGGAAAUGGAAGACAUCAUUAAAGCGCUACGCGACAAAAUUCACAUAUCUGAGGACAAAAUAGAGAGCCUCCAGGCAGAUAAGCAGGAGAUUGAGAAACAGGUCCUGGAGCAGAAAGAAAGGAUUGAGAACGAUCAGCUUGAAAUCAAUCGCCUCAAGGCCCUGGUAGAGCAUGAGAAAGCUAAGUUAGUGGACUUGGAAAGCAGCAGGAAUGUAGAAGACAAGUCUGAGCUGGAGACCCUUCUGCAGAAACUGAGACAGGAAAAGGAUAAAGCUGAGACUGAACUAGCUGAGGUGCAGGACACAUUGGCACACAGUCAGUGUGAGGUCAGCAAACUGAAGGAGACUCUGACCACUUUGGAGGAGGAGUACAAAGUGGUGAAAGCAAACCAGACAAAGCGCGUGGAUGAGCUGGAGACACAGAUCCAGAAGGUGACCACCGAGAAGAUGGAGCUGCGCCAGGAGGCUGACACCCUGCGCGACCACAUUGACCAGCUCUCUCAGGACUGCGACCGCUACCUGGAGUCCAAGAAAUCCUACAACGCCACGCUGAGUGACCUGCAGCAGGACUUGCGUGAGUCGCGCCUACGCUGCGUGGAGCUCCAGAAGGAGAUCGAGGAGAUGCAGCACCAACACGAGCAGGAGAUAGAAGACUGGAAGCAGUUCCAGCAGGACCUCCAGACAGCAGUGGUCAUUGCCAACGAUAUCAAGACAGAGGCGCAGGAAGAUGGAGAGAAGAUGAGGACUGAGAAUGAUGUUCUCAGGGAUCAGAUAAAAAAGCUGCAGAAUGAUUUUGAGAGAUAUCGUGAGGAAGCCGACAGACUAAAAACCCAAAGAACAAUAGAAAACAGAUCUCCAGGUGUGAUUUCUUCCAAUGAGCUGAAAACACGCAUCCUGAGUUCUGCUGAUCGUGAGCUGAUUCUUUUGCGUCAAGGACGAAAGCCAAGUGACGCAAGAGGUGGAAACCAGUCGCAAUCUGUGAAAAAUUUAAUCCGAUCUAUUGAAGAUCAAGUGAAGACAUCUUCCAAGUCAUCUAGUCAGAACAGCUCCAGGAGGGGCUCUAUGGACAGUCUGGGUCCCUGUAGCCCUGCCAACAUGGGGGCAACAAGUCCUAAAUCAGAGACAAUCAAGUCUCCAACAGGUGACUUGCGAAGAGCAAGUGUAGCUGUGGACACUCCUUUUUCACAUAAAACUGUAUUUAAAAAGACUCCUGAUUCCGCCAAAGAUGUGCGCCUCCAAAGACAUUCCGUGACCUCGCUGAUCUAUGAGAGCUCACAACAGCAAACUGACGAUGCCAAAUCUUCGCCCUCUCUGGCUGCUCCUACAGCCAGGAGUGAGGGAGAAACACCAAAGAGAAGUCCAGCGAUAACCUCCAUAUUGACAACAACACCAAGAAAAAACAGUAUAGCUGGGAGUCCCGAGGUGCGUGACCCCCUGGCUGCACUGGCCAAACAGAUGGGCGGCUCCAAGAGGAAUGCCCUCCUCAAAUGGUGCCAACAAAAAACUUUGGCACAUAGGGGUAUUGACAUCACCAACUUCAGCAGUAGCUGGAAUGAUGGGCUGGCUUUCUGUGCUCUCCUCCAUUCCUACAUGCCAGAUAAAAUACCAUACAAUGAACUCAACAGCCAUGAUAAGAGGAGAAAUUUCACAUUAGCUUUCAAAGCUGCAGAGAAGGUUGGAAUUCCAUCGACUCUGAGUAUCAGCGAGAUGGCAGCCACAGAGCGUCCAGACUGGAUGCAGGUGAUGGCGUACGUGGCCAGCAUAUACAAACAUUUUGAGUUUCAUGGCUGAACAGCGGGGGUCGAAGCUUCACUGGGACUGCACUCUGACGUGUUUAGUGAAGAGGAAAUGUAGAUUUUAGUAAUACACAAAGAUCAUUGUUAAUUUUUUUGUCACGAACUUGAAGGUACUUACUGUGGGGGAUGGAGAGAUCUGGAACACUUACACAACAUAAUUCAAACUAAUAUUCAUAAGUGAAUUACAUGUGAUAUAAUCAGUGAAUAUUUGAUGAGUGGGCUUAAGCAGUGGAAAAUAACAAUUAUUAUUUAUUUUUUUAAUCAUUUAAAAAAAACUUUUUUGAUCAUUUUUAAGAAGUUUUUUAAGUUAUUAUAAAUGAUGUAAUUUCCAUGUUUGAACUACUCAUAACUGGUACAUUGUAAGGUAAUCAAAAGCUAUGCUUUAAACAUAUUAUGAUAGGCU